AAUAAAAAAAAAAAAAUCUUAGCCCUUUUAGAGAGAGAAAGAAAAUAGAGAGAGAGAGAGAGAGAGAGAGAGAGAGAGAGAGAGAGAGAGAGAGGAGACUGAGACACCUCAUCAGCUGUUAGUUACAGCUCAGAGAUAGAGAUAGAGAGAUCGAGAUCUCCAACACGACGGAGAAGAGAGCUCACCGGAUCUCUCUCAGUAUCGCUUCCGUUUCGUCUUCUUCUUCUUCUACUGUCACUCCCAGAAUUAGCAACUAACUUUCUCGUCGUUGACUACAUUUUCCCGGAAAAAAAAACUCACACACUCUCUCUCUCUCAGGGAUUUGGAGGGUGUUGCUUGUUUUGUUGACUAACUUUAAAACGAAAUGGGUUCGAGAUACACAUCUCACCAGCUCGGCAACGGGCUGUUUGUGUCUGGUCGUCCUGAGCAACCCAAAGAAAGGCCUCCGACGAUGAGCUCAACAGCCAUGCCUUACACGGGUGGGGAUAUCAAGAAAUCAGGAGAGUUGGGGAAGAUGUUUAUUCCAACAGCACCAGAUGGGAGUAGUACUAAUAAGUCGAGGAAGUCUGGUCCCAUACCCGGUGCUCCUUCCAGGUCUGGCUCAUUCGCCGGGAAUAAUGGUCCUGGUGCCGCUCCUAACGCCGCUGGUCGUAUGUCUGGGUCUUUAGGCGCUUCGGCUGGGUCUGUUUCCAUGAAGAAAACAAAUUCUGGACCUUUGUCCAAGCACGGAGAGCCUCUGAAGAGAACGUCCGGUCCGCAGUCUGGUGGCGUGACGCGGCAGCAUUCUGGUCCUAUUCCUGUUCUUCCGGCUACGGGUCUUAUAACCUCUGGGCCUUUGAACUCGUCUGGCGCCCCCAGGAAGGUUUCUGGACCUCUUGACUCUUCUGGUUCGUUGAAGACGCAGCAUAUGCAAAAGUCGUCUGUUGUUGUCCACAACCAGGCGGUGACUACACUUGGUCCUCGAGAUGACUUUUCCAGCCUGAAGAGCUUCCCCAAGUCUGUGUUGUGGCUGGUUGUUCUUAUAUUUAUAAUGGGGUUCCUUGCCGGGGGUUUCAUUCUUGGUGCGGUUCACAAUCCGAUUAACAAAAUCGGCAAAACAAAAUUAGCAAAAUCAUUAAGUCGUACGUACCAAAAGAAAACGAAACAUUAACAAAUCCGAAUCACCAAACAAAAUAUUAGCAUGUGCAUAUUAAACACACACGUAA